GCUGCGCACCAGGGCGGGCGGGCCGCGGGGCGGGACUGAGGGCAGGCGGUCCCGCCCAGGCAGGCAGGCCUGUCGCGGAGCCCGGCGAGAUGGGCGACCGACGGCCGCCUCGGGGCUUCUGGCCGCUAUGGGUGGUGGCGGCGGUGGCGGUGGUCCUGCGGGCGGGCGGCGUGGCGGCGGGCGCGCACUCGCUGCGCUACUUCUUCACGGGGGCGUCGGCGGCGGGCGCGGGGCUGCCGCGCUUCCUCAUCGUGGGCUACCUGGACGACCAGCCCUUCGUGCGCUACGACAGCCGCAGCCGGCGCGACGAGCCCCGCAGCGCCUGGAUCCGCCGCGCCGAGCGCCACGACCCGCACUACUGGACCUGGCAGAGCCGCCUCUCCCGCCGCUGGGAGCUCUUCUUCCGCGCCAGCCUCUGGGCCCGCCACGACAACCGGAGCCGCGGGUUCCACACCUGGCAGUGGAUGCACGGCUGUGAGCUGACCAAGGAGGGGCAGCAACGGGGCUACUCCCAGUUUGCCUACGACGGGGAGGACUAUCUCAGCCUGGACAAAGAGACCCUCACCUGGACGGCCGCUGACGUCAGGGCCCAGGUGACCAAGCGGAGGUGGGACGCCGACAGAGUCUGGACCGAGGGGCGCAAGGAUUUUGUGGAGGAGCGCUGCGUGGAGUGGCUGCACAAGUACCUGGACUACGGGAAGGAGACCCUGCUGCGGAGAGAGCCUCCAACCGUGACCGUGGGGCGCAAGGUGGGCUACGACGGGCUGGAAACCCUCAUCUGCCGGGCCCACGGCUUCUACCCCAAGGAGAUUGUCGCUGUCUGGAAGAAGGACGGCGAGAUCUGGGAGCAGGACACCUUCCACGGCGGAGUGGCCCCCAACUGGGAUGGGACGUACCACACCUGGGUCAGCAUCAAGAUCGACCCCACGGACCGGGCCCGAUACCGGUGCCAUGUGGCGCAUGACAGCCUGCCGGAGCCCGUGGAGUGGGCCUGGGAGGAGCCUGCCUCACUGUGGCCUGUUGUGGGAGGCAUCUUGGGGGCUGCAGCCACUGUUCUGCUAGCGGCUGGGAUCAUCAUCUACAUCAAGAAAAGAGAAAGUGAGAGCAAUGCAGCACCACCAGCAAGCAACCAGAGAACAGACAGCCCCACCACGGGGCAUGGCCCCCUGCUGGCGUCUUUGGAGGGUGGGCGGUGACCCUUCCUGAACCCUGCGCGACCUCCCGCCAGCCCUGCCCGCUGUUUGGCAGGGGGCCUCACCUGAGUAUGGCCAAGCACCACCCUCCGGCCUCCAGCCAGAAACACGGUUGGGGUUGGGGGAAACGGCAUUUCUGCGGACUGUGAAAAGUAUCUGGCUCGGCUAGAUGUGCGCCAACUGUGUUACCAGCAGCAUACCAGAGACUGCCAGCGAUCCAGGCGGAAACGUCAAUCAUAGCCCUGCUACAAGCUUUGGUGUGGGGCUUUGUUUUUUGCUCUUUUAACUCACUGAAUACUUGUAAUGUUUUCUGACAGGAAGUAAUGCAAAUAAACCAUUUGAACGUA